GGGAAAGGCAGAGAGCGUGUGAGGUUUGAGAGAACUUCCCACGAGAAACAGAGAGGAAAAGGAAAAAAAAAACAGAGCGUGAGUGAUACACGAGAGUGCGAGUGCUGGUUUGAUCGGCCGUCGAUCUUCUUCUUCCCCCCUUCUCUAAUGUCCCCGCUUCUCUGAAUCCCUUUCUGCGAAUCAUCUGUCUUUCAAAAAAGAACAGGAAAGUUCUGAUUUUUGGGCUUUUUUUCUUCCCCCGAGAAAGAAAAGAAAGAGACAAAACUUGGACGGUCUUGAGGAUUUCUUGAAGCCAGGUGUUUUCAGAAUCGAGAUCCAGAAACGAACCUUUUUUUUAAAUUUUUUUUCCUUGCCAGAUCGGGUGUUUUCUUGCUUCCGGUCUCUUUCUUCUUCUUGCUUUUUUUCUUCUUCUGUUUUCUUCUUCAGCUGAAUCAGCUCAGAGGGUGAUUUUUUGUCCCUCGAAGGUUGGUCUUGAAUUAAGCUUCUGGAGUGAAGAGGUUGUGUAUUAAAGACUUCUUCGGUCCAUAUCAAUUUGGCAAAAUCGCUUCUUUUCUUUGCUUUUCUGCAAAAAGAAGAAAAUCUUCAUCCUGUGCUUUGAUUUUGGUAAGCAACAGGUCACCAAAAAAAAAAAAAAAAAAAAAACCUUCUUUUUCUUCUUCACCCCUUUCCCAUCUUAGUAGUCCAGAUCUGAAAUUAAUUUGCAGGAACGUACAUUAAACAUUUAUGGCAGCGAUCAUGGAUUUCUACAAUAGCAUAACAACCGCAGCUCUCGAACCAGAGUCAUUCGAUACUGGUGGCAAUGAGCUGAUGGAAGCACUUAGCCCUUUUAUCAAGAGUGCUUCCCCAUCGAACCCUUCGUUUUCUUCUCCUCCCUGCAACUACUUCUCCUUCUCAACGCCAUCCUCCUCUUCAUCUCUUUCCCAACCCAUGUCCUACCCCGACCCUUGCUCCACCGCCUCCGUGACCCAGCUAUUUCCUGACGGGUUCUCGGUGCAGCAAUCGGGUCCGACGGGGUUCGACCUCUACUAUCCGACCCAAGUAGUACCCCAGAUGGGUCAGAUCAUCCAACCUCAAGCCCACCUUCAAGAUUCUUCCUCUUAUCCGUCUUCUUUCUAUCAGUAUCACCAGCAGCAGCAGCAGCAGCAGCAUCACGGCGGCGCCGCCGGGUUUCUUGGGCCGAGGGCCGUGCCGAUGAAGCAGGCAGGUCUCGCCCAGAAGCCCGCGAAGCUGUACCGGGGAGUGAGGCAGAGGCACUGGGGGAAGUGGGUGGCCGAGAUCCGGCUACCCAAGAACCGCACCCGCCUCUGGCUCGGCACCUUCGACACGGCCGAGGAGGCCGCCCUUGCCUACGACAAGGCGGCGUACCGGCUGCGGGGCGACUUCGCGCGGCUCAACUUCCCGCACCUCAAGCACAAGGGGUCGCACAUCCAGGGCGACUUCGGCGACUACAAGCCGCUCCAUUCCUCCGUGGACGCCAAGCUCCAGGCCAUCUGCCAGGACAUGGCCGAGAAGCCAGCCGACGGCAAGAAGAGGCGCUCGGCCCCCGCCGGCGGCGGCAGCUCCGCAGCUGCUGCCUCGCCGCGGAGGCCGGAGCCGGAGCCGGAGCCGGUGAAGACGGAGGUGGGAGUGUCGGCGGCGACGUCGUCCUCCCCGGAGAGCGACGACGCGUCGGUGGAGGAGUCGUCGCCGCUGUCGGAGCUGACGUUCAACGACUUCGUGGAGCCGCAGUGGGAGAGCGUGGGGGUGCCCGAGAACUUCUCCCUGCAGAAGUACCCGUCCGAGAUCGAUUGGGCUGCUAUCUAUUCUUGAAGCCUUUUUUCACUUCUCAUCAUCAUCAUGUCAUGUCCAGUUUUCUCCAGUAGUUUCGUCUUCUUUCUCUUUCGAAUUUCCAAGAAGCGCAGUAUGUAAUAUGUUAGGAGUAAUUUAGGGAAAGCAGGGGGCUCUGCUGCGAUGGAGUUUUUGGCAGUUGCAGCGGCCACUGCUAAGCCUUGUAUCGUCGUGUAAAUCCGACCACGGUCCGCCGGGGUUUUAGUCGGCGGUACCGUGGAUCAUCUCAUGCGUUCCGUGUUUAAUUUUUGUUAGUGGAAGAGAUAAUUAUUUGCAUUGUCCGAA